GUUCUGGUCCUAUUUUUUUUUUAAAAUACAUGUUGCCGUAUACAUACAUGUAGCCAUAUUUUGCUUGUGUUAUUUAUACUGUAAUUUCUUUGUAUCAUUGUAUUUGUGUGUAUAUGAGCUAUUAUAUUGUAUAUUUUCCUAAGUAGUUUGUGGUAUUGUGUAUGAUACCUAUGAAUGUGGGUGGAAUUGUGUGUGUGGAUGGAUAUGUCACAUUGUGUGUUUGGUAGUGUGUGUGUAUGUGUGGGGCUGUUUGGGGUAUUGCAUGUGGGGUUUUGUGCAUGUAUGGAGAUUGUCAGUGGUGUUGAGUUUGUGCAGAUUGCGUAUUGUGUAUGUGUGGGGCUGUUUGGGGUAUUGCAUGUGGGGUUUUGCGCAUGUAUGUGGAUUGUCAGUGGUGUUGAGUUUGUGCAGAUUGUGUAUUGUGUUUGUGUGUGGGCUGUUCGUAUUAUUUGUAUGAGGGGAGGGUUAUUCUGCAUUUCUGUGUAUAUCUAGCAGUGAGGGUGGCUUUCUUGGGUUCCAGUGGGGACCAGGCUGGACAUAUACUCGUUUUCCUGGCACUAUAGUGCCCUGAGGGUGCCCCCUCCCUCAGGGUCCCCCUCCCGCCCGGCUCUGGGGAGAGGAAGGGGUUAAAACUUACCUUUUUUUCCAGUGCCAAGCGGGGAGCUCUCCUCCUCCUCCCUUUCGGCAGGAGCUGCACGCGCAUUCAGCCGGUCUCAUAGGAAAGCAUUUACAAUGCUUUCCUAUGGACGCUUGCGUCAUCUCACUGUGAUUUUCACAGUGAGAAUCACGCAAGCACCUCUAGCGGCUGUCAAUGAGACAGCCACUAGAGGAUUUGGAGGCUGGAUUAACCCAUUUAUAAACAUAGCAGUUUCUCUGAAACUGCUAUGUUUAUAGAAGAAAGGGUUAAUCCUAGAAGGACCUGGCACCCAGACCACUUCAUUAAGCUGAAGUGGUCUGGGUGCCUAGAGUGGUCCUUUAAUAAGGAAUCCUCUUCCAUUCCAGCCACUCUCUCUGUUUAAUAUUGAACUCCUUGUAAAUACCUGAAAGCAAAAAGACAUUAAUAUGUGCAUACCACACAAUUGUAUAUUCAAAGGGGCAUUGGAGCCAUGUAUCAGGAUUGUAUUAAUUUAUUUUAGAAACACACUUCUCCCAAUGCUUAUAGUUUUUUUUUCCCUUUACAGGAUUAAAACAUUCACACCUGAAGAAAAAACAGAACCUGCCCCACCGGUAAUCCCAACAGCUAUAACAGUGACAGAUACAGAUGCUGAGGAACACCAAACUAAGAAGGUGGAAGUGGAGGAGGCAGCAAAGGUGGAAGAGGCCAAACCGGUGGAAGAGGCUGCGCCAGUAAAAAAGGCUGCACCGGUAAAGGUAGAGCUUGAUGAAAAAAAAAAGGAAAACAAAGUAGAGAAAGACACACAACACGUUGAUGUAAUAGAGACAAAACAGGAGUUGGCACCGCAGGAAGACAUAUCUACUGUCAAACAUGGUUUGACUCCACGGAGAGCUCCAAAAUUCAAGCAAAGGCAAUCAAAACAAUUCAAAAGCAAACCACCCAAGAGAGGAGUAAUAGGGUAUGUAUACAGAAUUCUAGCUAAAAUUUUAUUUUCUCAAACUAUAUAAAAUUCUAUCUGGUUCCACAAAGCUUUCUUCUACAAAGGUAAUGCAAUGGGAUCCCAGUUGGCCCACGAAAUCUACCAGAUGUCGAGUAGUAUCAGUUAGGUAGCAGUUAAUGAACCUGCAAGAGACAGUUCCCAUCCUAUUACUCUUCUAAAUAUGUUUUCUGCAGACAGAACUACUAUUCAAAGCAUAUAUAAGUAAAUAGUACAAAGGUAAACUCUUCCGUUUUGCCCAAAUGUAAAUUCUAUUUCUGAUGAUGUUCAUCCAACAUAAAGGCUUAAGCCUGGCUAAGUAUCAUGGAAAAUUUACAAACAUAUAUAUAUAUAUAUAUAUAUAUAUAUAUAUAUAUAUAUAUAUAUACACACACACAGUUAAUAUUUAUCUUAUUUGUUUUCUCGGUCUAAAAUAGUUUUGGAGACGAUAUCCCUGGAAUGGACGGACUUGGCACAGGUAGGUGCCCUCUUUUUAAUAUAUAAAAUAAUUAUUUAAGUAUAACUACUGGAAUCUGUUUAAGGCAAAUAUGCCACCUUCCGAAAUCCUAGUAUCACUGAUUUCAUUAUUCAUUUUUUCCAACCUCUACAUUGGUCUGAUGGACCCGGCUUUGGAUAAAACGAGAGUAUACUUAGGAAAUUAAAGAUUUUUGUUUUUAAUGCUGGAUUUGCAGGAAAAAACGGUCACUAGGUUGCAAUAAAAUAACACAUCUAAUCUAUUUUUUUUAAAUAAUAUCAUAUAGCCAAUCUGUGCUGGCAAUACUAAACAAAUCAAAGGUGACAGAUUUACUUUAAAAAUCAGCAAAAUUAAUAAAUAAAAAUGCAAUAAAAUACGUAGAGAGCUAGAAAGGCUUUUUUGGAUGUCCAAUUGUUUCACUCAUGGCUGAGAAAAUGCACAGCACUUAAGAGGAUUUUUUUUUCAAAAAAAAAAAUAAGCUUCUUAACUUUCCUAUAUACCUCACUAUGGACAGGGAAAUAAGGAUUAGGGACAUUAGAACAUGAUGUCAAGGAAAAUAUAAUCCCGAUUUACAUGACUAAUAAAAUUAAAAGCAUAUUAACUUCUCCCUGUCCAGAAUAUUUAAUCUGAGCAAUCUGACCAUCUGAUGUCUAUAACAAUACAAAGGACAAACGUCCGGUCAAGUGCGUGGCAGUUCUUGUUUUGCAUUCACAGUCAAUUUAUUUGUUAUCAGCACAUUUAACUUAUUAUGCAAGUAUCAUCAUAGUAAGAUACAAAACGUAGACGUUGGCAUUUCACAAGUAGGAUACUGUAUUAAUAAUGUCUUCUGUAAGUACCAGGCAGCAUCUCAGAACCCAGCUUUGAUUUCCUAUGAAUUGAAAUAUUAUUUUAGGGUUUGGUACAGACUGCACUGUCUUACAAGCCUCUAUCUUUCCUUCCAGAUAUCACCGUUAUUUGCCCCUGGGAAGCAUUCAGCCACUUGGAGCUUCAUGAACUGGCUCAGUUUGGAAUAAUUUGAAGAUUCUAUAAUCUGUGAAUGUACAACGAUGUUGCUUACAUGGCACCAGUUCUGCAUUUAGGAAAUGCAUGUUUUAACAGUCAAAUGAGAACAAAAAACACACACGAUUAUUAAGAAAUAUAUCAUGCAAUAGACAUACAGACCAGGAACAUCACAAAUGGUGCCUAGAAACUGCCCUUAAUAAGGUAAAUCACUCACCAUCAAUCAUCAAUGUCACCCAUUAAUCAAACCUGGCCAAUAUUUAAAUGACAGGUUAACAGCUGAUCAUUUAAUGUGAUCGAUGCACAAACCUACAGAUUUGUAUUUAGACUCUAUUGUAUUUCUCUAACCUGUAAUGCAUUUCAGAAACUAAAUAUUAAUUUCAGUAAGCUUAGAAAUUACUAAGCAAAAUCCAGUAUUGUCCAAACUGUGAAUUAUAGAAAAACGCUAAUUCUAGGUUAUAAUAGUCUAACUUUAAAAACCGUCCAACUCUGCUAUUUUUGGCAAAAAUGUCCCUCGUCAAAUGUUUAAAGCCCACUAGUUGCGCUGGUGUACAUAUUAAAACAUGGAUUACUCAGUGUUUAUUUGCAACACGCUAUAAACAUUAUUGGAUUAUGAAUUCAGCCCACCCUCUGUUUCCAAGUGUUAAAGGUACAUUGGUUAAUUGGUAAUCUGUCUGCCAUCUGUAGCGUUAUGGCGUAUACUGUAGCUUUAUAAACCAAUUUAUAUUAGCCAUAGUAAGCAGUUAGAUGUAGAAAUAUAUGAGCGAGAAUAUGUAAAGGAAACAUAUUCGGAUCAUAAGUGAAAAGUAUGGAUAUAAAAUAUUUAUUUGAUACAUAUAUGCUCAGUUUUGUGAUAUCAGCAUAUUGCCAAAACGAUGGCUGAUGGUAGGAGGACAUCAGCAAUAGAAAAGGCCAUCCAACUGCCCUGUGUAUACACAUACACUAAUAUCAGACAUUAUUUUACAGCUGGAUUCAUUUACUAAUAGUUAAGACUAUCAGUCGUAUUCACUAAAGUGGAUUUCAAAUGUAAAGUCAAACCAGCAUUGUUGACUUGAGAAUUCUGCUGACAGUUGGCUACUCUGGCCUUAAAUUUAAAAUUCACUUUUAAUUAUGAGUACCCACCGAUAUUGGGGUACGGUGACAUAGUGAUGGGCUUAUCAUGAUAUAGCCAUAUGGUGGAACUGAAUCCCCAUAUUUGUUUGCCAAGAUAGGGGGAUUGUACGUAGCCUUGUAACAUUUAAAACGAUUUUGUUUUUUGUGUGUGUGCUGUUCCUUAAUCUGUAUUUUGUUUAUAUUUUGGACUUGACAAGAGCGCCACUACUAUGAAAUGUAUGUUCCAGGUGUGCCCCCAAUUCCAUAUUAUAUAUAUUUACACACACAAUGUAUGAUCAUCAUUAGUGAGUGCGCUGGAUCUUGUAGGAGUCAUUAAUUGGCCCGAGCAUGUUAUAAUGUAUGCAUGUUUAGCUGAGUGCAGCCCUCUUGUUUGUGUGUGUGAGUGUGAAUGUGUGUGAGUGUGUGAGAGUGUGUGAGUGUGAAUGUGUGUGAGAGUGUGUGAGAGUGUGUGAGAGUGUGUGAGAGUGUGUGUGUGAGUGUGCGUGCAGUGUGUGUGAGAGUGUGUGUGUGUGUGUGUGAUGUCUCAAAUAAAUUAUAAGACCAGUCAGAUUAAAGAAGACUCUUUAUUAGUAAAACUAAAUCCUUUUCAGUUCAAACUAACAAAACACAGGCACCCAAAUGUAAUUGCCAACAUGCUAUAAAACAAAUGGCGCUAUUAACAUAAAUUACAAAAAUAUUUUCUGUUGAUUGACAAAUUGAUUGAAUUGCAUCUAUGGUAUCUGUACACUUAAAAUAGAGCAGCUAUAGAUCCCAUCCUGAAAAAAUAUCAUAUACUCAUUUACAUGUAAUGAACACCUGAGUCUUUAUGUGCAAAAGAUGAAGAAACUGAGGAACAAUUGGGAAAAUGUUACAAACUGGAAAUUUAAUAUCAUUAAAAUCCACUAAAUCGGAGCUCCUCAGGAACUUCCAAAAUGUGCAAUAUUUUGGAAUGAUACCAUUCGGUUCCAGGAUGGACAAUGAAGAAAAAGCAAACAAAAACACCCCCAAAACGGCACUUGAGAAACCCUGACUCUCCAAGUACCAUUACCACGUGCUAUAGUGGUUAAGGUGGCAGGAGGGUGCGCCAUCCUCCACUGUCAGUAGUCCAACUAUUUUAGAAAAGUUUGAGUUCUUACCUGGGUUUGGUCUAGCACUCCUUUCAGACAGAGAGCUAGAAGCUUCCAUUAGCUCUCUGUAGCUAAACCAUGCAGGACUAACUCAUUGGCUAAGAGCAUUAUCUGAGUCAGUGCGAGCUUUUGGCUCUCUGGCUGAGGUAGUGGAGGCAGGGAACAGUAGACCCCAGGUAAGAAGUUAAAUAGUAUUAAAACGGUUUGACUACUUACACAGAGCACUCCAGGCACCAUAACUACGACAGCACGCCCUAGUGACUAUGGUGUUUAGAGUGUUUCUUUAAAUUAAUGUACAUCUUAUGGCACAUUCAAUAACCCUACCAAUAUUCUAAAGGAGUGUAUUCUCUACAUCAUUUCCUCUCAAGACAGAGUUGCUUUUCUGUAGAGACGUGGUCAUCUAAAAUGAUCGAAUCCAAGGCAAAGUUCUGAACAUGGAACAGUCAACAUGAACAUUCCACUGGUGUUUAAGGUAAUUACUUCUCUUUUAGACCCAGCACUGCUCUUUAAAAAAACAUGACACCAAUAUCUUCAAAUUACUUAUCGGCAAUGACUCUGAGCCUUUUUAAAGUACCCCGAGUUACAAAUUCUGUUCUAUAUCCUCAGGUGAGUGCAGAUGGCAAACAGAAGCCCUGCUGGAUAUUUUUUUUUUUGUUUGACAUACAAGGCAGCUACUUGGUUUAGAGAAAUAUCUAAAAUUCAUCUAAAGACUGGCUGACACAUUGCUCCAAAAACAAAAUAAAAAAAUAAAAUAAAAUGAAAAUAUACACUGUUCAUCAUUUUACAAAAACAACAAUGUCAAAUAAAUACAAGCAUAUAUACAUAUAUGGAUUACAGUCCACAGAGUUUUGGUGAACCUUUAAGCUCUAGAAUAUUUUUUUUUAUGUGAUCAAAAUAAAUACGUAAAUAAAUGUUUAGUGUAAUGAGGUUAUUAACAAAGAAAAGUAUCAAACAUUCUCUCAACAUGCACUUGUGAAGAAAAACAUAGUUUGGGCUUUGCGCCUGUCGCAUUUCACACAAGACAAAGGGACUUAAUAUCCUGGGAGGAACAUGAGCAACGUAUCCAUGUAUUUGGAUUUCUCUUUCGGCUGUAUGUAGUUGCUUGCUUUAAGGGUAUGCAUUCGCGCACACCAUGGGCAAGAAGCAAGAGCGAUCAGAUGGCAACACAUUCUUUUUAAUGUUCGCUCAGUAAGAGAAAUGCACAUGGGUUUCAGGUAAUGACAGAUGAGGGGAAGUUAUUGUGAUAUACAUUUAAUCAUCUUAAAAUUCAUAAAAGGUUUGUGGAAAAAAGAACAAUUCUGGGGCAGCUUUCUAAAAGAAGAGAAAUAGGCAAGACAAUUCCACUGGUUCCCAUUGCAACCACUCCACUUUUCCAAUUUCGCAUGAGUAUAGAUCGCUACAUAUAACCCCUACAGAUUCUUAUAAUUGGUGAUCAAAUCUCCUCAUUCCACUCAACAAUCUUCUUUGUGCCUUCCAAACACAAGUGGACUCGUUUUAACAAUUCCACCGGGAACCAUCCAAUCACAGAAGGAUCUAAUCAGCAACUUUAAAAUAUUAGAUAACCAAACCACUAUUUAUACAAUUUAAGACAAUGCAUAUCUUGUGAAGAGACCGUUAUUUCUGCAUAAAAUUUAGACUUCAGCUUUCGGAUCAUUCUAGAGACUAAAUUAAAAAAAAAAAAAAAAAAAUUGAAAAAAGGGAAAUUAAUUUGUACAUCUACAGACAUAUGAAAUGUAUUUUCUGUAGCAAUUUUACCCUGCAUGAAGCUGAAUACAGUAACUUUGAUUUAAAGGAACAAAAUCGUAGUAGAAAGUGCUGUGUGCAUCAACAUAAAUAUUUUGGAUGCUAUUAGGAAGACUGCAUAUAAAAAAGGGACCACAACAUCGUAAAUGGCAUUCAAAUCGGAUUUUUGGUUCAUUUAACAUAUAAGGAAAAAAACGAAAAUUGAAAAAUAAAACCAGCCUGUAUUGGUUAGGACUGCAUAAUGACAGUGAUUAAACAAGCAUUCACAGUAGACUGAAUUAAAAACUAAGUUCUAAGGAAGGAAACACUCAUUCCACAUCAUUGCUGCAAAGUAGUUCUUCUAAUCUUUGGCUCUGAUUUAUGAAGACAUUUUGUGAUAAUGCAACAAACGCAAAUGAAAUCCUGUGUAAAAUGUGGAAACGCCCAGUGUGAAAGGCUCAUUAAUUUAAAUCCCUCACACCUAUUCAGCCAGUCCCUGGGUGGAGUUUCCACUCGGCACAGAGCCUCCGCAAAAAAUAUAAAUCCCUACAAAUCCCUCAACCAGACAACACACGCUGGUAGUCAGCAUCAUAUACUGCUUUAUGAUGUGAUCACGGAUGAGCUAUUUGGGUUUACCUUUUCUGUUUUUAUGCAAUCUACCACUAUAAAGGGGUCAGGUGCCGAGUACAAGAUAAGUGUUUUAGUAAACAUACAGGUCAGGCCAUCCAUAAAAACACACGCCAACCAGGCACCCUGCGAAACGCUUCACACCACCCAGCCAUCCCACAAGCACCUCAAACCACCCAGGCAUUUUGCAAGUAUUCCACCACCCACGUAUAUCGAAAGAACGGUCGCCUCCCCCUAAGCUACCACAAACACUGCAAGCCUUCUUCAGGCAUUCCACAAAAGCUGCUCACCACACACACUACAAGACACUCAGGCAUUCCACAAACACUACACUCUAACAAGCUGUAAACGCAGCUGUUUAUAUCUCACAUGCAUGCCUGAAAACUAGCCAUAUCAAAUGACUUCUUACAAUAAAGCUACUUAAUGUCCUAAAAUAUGACAGCAUGAAACAAUCUAAUAAUGGAACUAUUUUGGCUUUGGUGCAUUCAAGUCAAAAGGAGCUGUCUUCUAGAUAUAGUGGGGAAUGUAAACCAUGUCUCUAUUCUCCACCUUACUGUAACAUUCUGAUAUAACCAAGUCCUACAACACACUCUAAUAAAGCUAUACACCCCUAAGUAUGGUGGAGAAAGUGGGUCACACUUUUCUCAAGAAUCUUGUUUUGAUGCAUUUUUAAGGCAUGGAUAACUGCAAUUACUUAUUAAAGUAAGAAUAUAUAUACACAUAUAUUUUGGGUUCUAAAAAAACAUAGUUGCUAUAGUAUUUGCAUGCUAUAAGCUUGAGACCUGCAUUCUUCAAAAUGCCCUGAAGAUGGCAGAAUGUUGACAUGAAUUUCAGAAUAUCUUGGAGCACCAGUAGUUUGUUGACCACAGUAGUUCUCAGACAGGUAGUUUGCAUUUCCUAUCCCUCAUGGAGGUAAACAAUAAAAAACAUACAGCUUCAUAGUUAGGAUCCAUGCUUAUCUUCCUGGAGUAGAUAAACCGUGUGCACCUUAUAAGUUUUCUAUUCACAUUACAAAACAUUAAAAUAAUUAAAAAUAGUGAUUUUAGAGUAUAAGCCAGCUUUAAAGUCUUCUCCCUGUUCUAGAGGAAUCCCACCUAUAUGGGAUCCGUUAUUGAGGUUCCACUGGUUCAUGUGACCACAUACAGUUCCUCUCGAUCAUCUUUACAGAUCUUGUACCGGCAGUUCACCAUGUCCCUCCACCUCCAAGAUUUCUUCUUCUUCUCACGUGGAGGAAGGAGGAAUGCCACACUACCUGCUACUAAAAUGUGCCACAUGCUGUGAGUGUAAAAAUAAUUAGUCUGCGUCUCUGCAAAGACAUAGAUCGAGAUCGCAAUCAAUGCCAGUGAAAUGCCAGGGAUGAGAAAAAACACCCAACGGCGCCAGCUUGGGGGGUAGCAAUGGCGACGUCUCACUCCUCGGUAAGUCUGAAAGUAAG